UGUUGGGUCUUUGAGAAAUCUAGGAGAAUGGUUCUUCCCUGAUGGUGUGCUGGCUGUGGCAAAGAUGAGCGACACUGUGUUCUUCUCCUUUGUUCUCUACCUGGGCAGCCAGUGGGGCGGAGAGCCUCACUCUAUCCCUGUGACUGAAGGUAUGAAGAACAACUUUUCCUCAAGUUCAAAGCAUCUUGAUGAAGAUUUGGCGAAACUAUUUGAUGACAUCAUGCUGCAGGUGUUCACCAGCAAUCUAGAUGACGUAUCAAAAGAGGCGAGAACAGCUGGGAGACUGAUCACCUGGAGAGACGUGAAUGAAACUCACCUCCACCUGAACAGCUUCAACAAUUCUGAGUUUGCGUCAAGUUCACAUACUCAAGAGGACCAUUUGGCUAAGAUAUUUGAUGAGAUCCUGCUGCAGGUCUUUUCCAACGACCCAAAAUAUUUAUCAAAAGAAGACGCCAGAGCAGCUGAUGAGCUGGUUAAGUGGAGAGACUUGGUGAAGGAAGCUCAUGUUGCUGAGAAGAUGAAUAAGGAAUCGUCUCUAUUCAACAGGGAUGUAAACUAUCAAUUAACUACUGCCGCCAAAGAAACACUCCAAAGAUUAGUUAUUCGAGAUGCUCACAGUGAGGGUCUACCUUGCAGACAGCUGCUGAGCUUCCUGCAGAAGAAUAUCACCACCGCCUCCAUCUCUGUGGCCGCAAUCCUCCUGGUCACGGUGUUCGUGGUGCUUCUACUGGUCACGUAUAUAAAGCGGAAACAGCCAAGGUAUCCUCCGGCGAACAUGACGUACAAUAUUUUCAUAAUGAACGGGAAGGCUUGGUGGCAAAAGUCUCAGGAAAAGCACCUCAAAAAAUUCACAGGAAAGCAGAAGACCCUGAGGUGUAAUUCCUGCGUCUAAGCCGGUGGAAGAGCCAGCAAUCUGUCACCAGGCCACUGUCGGAGGGUUCUUCUGUGCCACCUGGACAGAAAUCGAGGGAUUUGAAGUAACUCCUUAUCUCGAAGCCCAGGAAGAAAAUGCAACAGAGAGAGAAGCCAACAGGUGGGAGGCGACAACCCCGUGGCCAUCAUUGGAGUGCAGAGCAGGGUUCCCUGAAGCCCAUUCCUGGAAUUUUCAGCUGCUCAUACAAUAGUUAUCAAACACACU